UGUGCACAGAGGUGUGGCACGUAUAGUAGUUGGUAAAGAGAUGUCGGAUCAUUGGAUAAUGAUGGGAUGUACCAUUCCAUUCCGUUCGCUGCUCGUAAUCCCAUCCUCCCUGGUACAACAGUCAUCAUGUCGUCGUGGUACGGAUCACUUAGGGAUCAUUAGCUUUAUGGUGCUUCCGUAUGGCUAUCCGUGCGCGUGAUUUCGAUCGAAUGCGUUUUACGAUGAGUCUCGGUGACCUUCGAAAUUUCCUAAUUCUUUUAUUCAUCAUUUUUUAAUUCUUCUUUUAAUAUAGUUUGCAUAAUAUCCUUAUGUAUCUUGUUCACGCGGCAAGUAUAUAAUCUAAAUUAUUGAGGAAUAUAUAGACAGAUAGUAGUAAGGUACUGAUACGAUUAUCUAGUAAAGUUGGUACGUUCGUGUGGAAUGGAACGGAAAUUUGCUUUACAAAGACAUCACUAAUCGUCAAUCGAACGCCGAAGACCGUUGAUGAUAUCAGCAGGCUUCUCAAGACCAAAAUUAAUUCGGAUGCCACGCGAUACCUUCGGAUGCAUAUUAUGGGCAAGCGGGUAUUCAGCAUGUAACGUCAUGCCGUGGAUGAAUAUCACGGAUAUAAUGUUACUAUGUAUUUCGUUACCACUACACACCGGAUGUGUUACGCCGUGCUCGAGAGUCGUAUAUACAGCGUAUCAAGCGGUAACCGGUAGUUGGAUUUCGAGGAUGGGGGAGGAAUUGGGAAACACGAAAAACCAAUCGCAGGGUUACUCUAGAAAGGCUCUCAGGGAAUAGUAGAGAGAAACAGAGAAGGAUGGAAAGAGAAAGAGAAAGAGAGUGGAAACCGGAAGAACGAACAGCAGAACGAUGGGGGUAGAGGAGAAAGAGAGAGAGAGAGAAAGAGAAUGGCUGGAAGGGAGAGUGGCAACGAGGUGGAAAAUAGGUGGCACGAUGCAACAGUCGUUCUUUGAACAAAUACGUUUGUGUCGAAGUGCAUUCGUUGGGAAACGGUUAUGCAAAAGAUCAGACCAGGCCGAGUAGCAUGGUUUGCUGUUGGAAAAGAGAACAACGAAAUUCCUACGCUCGAAUUACGUCUGCCCAAUGUGUAAAUGAAUGGAAAGAGAAUCUAAAAUAGAUUGGAGUAUAAUCGUCGAGAUAAAAACAAUGGGGAUAUUUACGAUGACGACGAUAUUAUUGUUACGUUAUUUAAUUCGUGUACUGUAAUGUGUUUUUCUGUGUGGAGGAAACCGAAAGAAUUCUAAGGGAGAGAAGAGAGAGAAAGAGAGAGAAACGUAGCAUUCCUAUUGGAUUAGAAGGACAGCAGUUUCGUUCGAAUGCUCGACGAAACGAGCACGGUGAUCCUCGUCGUCGUUUCGUAUAAAACGUGAAGUUAAACAACGUCGCGAAGCUUUUUUGAGAUAGGCGAAAAGUUGAAAAUGUUAACAAGUUUAACGAUGAAUCGAAGAAACGAGGGAAAGGAAAAAAGGCGUAACUGCUACGUACGCGAGUGCAACGUUUUUGAAGCACGUGUUUCGAGGUCGUUACACAAUUUCACGUUUCUCAUGCGGGCUUAAAAAGAGGAAGAAGAAGAAGAAGAAGAAGAAGAAGAAGAAGAAGAAGAAGAAGAAGAAGAAGAAGAAGAAGAAGAAGAAGAAGAAGAAGAAGAAGAAGAGGUAGUUGAAGGUAUUACCUUGUGGGUACAUUAUCGAAGUUCCUUUUAAACGGGUCGUGUGCGUAAACGUGUGUACGCGCGUGUCUACGUGGCUGGAACGAAAAGUAUGCGGCACCGUGCAAGAUGAAGGGGCCAAGAAUCAGUGGCCUACCGAACGAGAAAAAACUGGACUACUGCCAAAAGGCACGUCAUGAGUGUUGGCGAGUGUUGCUUACGUACUUGAGCUUCUGUGCGUUGCUGCCCGGAACCAUUCUUUCAGAGCCUGCUCAUGUACGCGAAAUGUCCAAAGGAAAUUCCCGUAGGAAUGUCAACGAUCCCGUCGCCACUAACGAUUACGUCGACACGGAUUUGCCUAUUUUCGAGCCGACUGCUCCUAAUGUUACGGCCUUCGUUGGACAAACGGUUUAUCUGCCAUGCCGAGUUAGAAAAUUGGCUGACAAAGUGGUGUCUUGGAUGAGAAUCAGAGACCUUCAUAUACUCACAGCAGGUACCGUAGCUUUCAGUAGCGAUACGAGGUUCAAUCCUCAACAUACUCCUGGGAGCGACGCUUGGACCCUCAGGUUGGAUAACGUUAAAAAGACGGAUUCGGGUAUAUACGAAUGUCAAGUUAACACAGAACCGAAAAUCAUGUACGCCGUUCAGUUAUCGGUGAGAGAGGCAGAUAAACCAGAGGGUUACGACGAACCCCGUUCUCAACAAACACGCAUAAGUUACGAAAGUACGGCACCAGUGGCGGCUAUAAUGGGUCCUAGGGAGCAAAGGGUGCCAUCGGGGUCGACGAUCACCCUAAGAUGCGUCAUAUCGUCUCCAUAUCAGACUCGUCCCAUCAGGGGUGUACAAUGGCUUCGGGAUAACAAACUCCUAACAUUCCAGGCAGCUCGUGGUGGUAUAAAUGUGGAAACUGAAAAAGGAGCGGCACAAACAGUUUCCGAAUUGACUUUGGCUGCUUUAACGGAAAAUGAUAUAGGAAAGUAUUCGUGCAGACCGGCCGAAGGAAGAUCGGACACCGUAAUGCUGAUAGUCGAACCAGGAGAACGUACGGAAGCCAUGCAACGUGACGCCGGAUACGUUUCUUCCGGAAAUGACGUCAGCCGCUGGUCCGGGUUUCUACUUCCGUUGUCGUGGUUUCUAAUACUGGCAUGAAUGAAACGGGCAAACUUUACCGCUAUGAGUCAAGAACACUAAAAAAAAGAAGUAUUUUUCUUCUUAUUCGUAAUUAUUGUAUCUUUAUCCCCCUUUGGUUUUUUUUUUUUCUUCUAAGUUUCUCUUCGCGAUAUUUUUUAUUAUUAUUAUUAUUAUUAUUUUCAUCGAAGUCAGGAGUACCUUAAAAAAAAAAAAAGGAAAAAAAAGACGUUAACCAAACAAGUACAAAUCUUAAGAGAGAAAACAAAAAAAAAAAGAACAAAAAAUAGAUAGAGUAUACUAGCGUUUAACGAGUCUCGUAAAAUAUUUUUUCUGCUCUUUUUUUUUGUUUUUUUUUUUUUUUUAUAGCGAAAAAACGGGGACGACGAUAUCUUAAAACGUUGUCGUUCCACUUAGAAAAUAAGCAAGCGCAUCUCUUGUCGUUCACGUUUUAAGCCAAUAAUUUGUGUACACGAUCCUUUAUUCAUCAUAACGAAAUCGCGUUACACCUCUCGCCUGUGUGCUAAUUUAUUAUCUACGACGUUGCAUUCACUAUCCGUUGUGUUAUACUUUGCACAUUUUGAUUAUAUAUACACACACACGCACACAUACACACAAAAACACGCGUCUAGGAUAUUAUAACAACGCAUUGAGCACUAAUAUUAAUUUAUCAUUUAUUUUUUUGUUUUUUUUUUUUCAUUCACUUCUCUUUCGUUUCACAUCAAUCGAGAAGAAGAAGAAAGUUGCUUUUAAAAAUAGUUUCCGAAUUAGAAAUAAGUUUUAUAUCGUUAAUUUAAUUAGCGUAUGAAAAAACGGACAACCUUUUGAGAGUGGAAAAAGAAAUUACGGUGGUAGAGGGCCAAUGGUCAAAAAGUCGGCGGCCAUUUGAUCGAAUAAAUAGACCGAGGACUUUUUAAUAAGAACGAAAUGACGAUAAAAAUGUUGAAGUGAUGGUAGGGGGUGAGGUGGAAGAAGGCGGGGAGAGUGGUAGAGAGAGAGAGAGAAAUACAUAAGCAAGGCUCGCAUUAAAUCUUUUUCAUCGUUAACUUAUUUUCUUCUUCGCAAAUAAUUUAGAAAGCAAGCAGUGGGGGUGGAGGGGGUUAGUAGUAGUAGUAGUAGUCGCGAUAGUUCUCAUUUCGUUCAGGACGCGCUAAGCCAUUGGGGGAAGGGGGGUGUCCUUUGGUAGUUCUUCUCUCUCUCUCUCUCUCUCUCUCUCUUUUUCUUUUUCUUUUCCUGUUGCGAACAUGCGAUAGCAUCUCUUUAAAUGACGCUUUUAGGACCAGUAAGAUUAAAGUGAGCAAGAUGCGUCAAAGGACGCGGAAGUAAUUUGAUAUCGUGUAUCGUAGUACUACCCCUGGUCCGGUCAUUUAUAUUCUUUUUUUUACUUCCUUCUUUUGUUUUUCUUUUUCAUUUCAAUUUAUCCAUUCCUUUUUUUAUUUUGUAUUUUGUAUCUUAUAUAGUUUUUCGUAGAACACGAAUAAUAUACUUUUUGAUUAAGGACACCGCACAAAUUACGAAUGUAUUAUGUAGUGAAAAAUGUCUCGUGCAUAAAAAAAAGGGGCCAAACGGGCGAAAUUUGACACGAGAUUCAAUGUCGUUUUUUAUCGCCGAGAGAACAAAAUCCUGCGAGCUGAUCUCACACGCUUUACGUUAAUAUUUUAUCCCGUCAUUAGGGGGUAAAUCUUAAUUCGAUUGUAUUGUAGUUAAGUUAAGGUUAAUUAGAUUAUAGUUUUAGAUUAGUUAUAUAUAUAUGUAUUUCUUUUUAAUAGAAAUAAGUCACCAACGAAUGCACAUUUUAUGUAUCAGGGUCAUAGUAUUUUAAGCAUAUAAUUUCGUUUUUUUUCAUUUUUAAUUAUUCUUAACUCGAACGAUCGCAUUAAAAUAUAAAUAAAUAAAUAAGCGAAUAUAUAUAUAUAUAUGUCGGGAAUGAUGUCGCACGUAAAACAAAAUGGCAUAGUAAAAAA